AUGGCACUACAGCAGCUGUGUUGGCACCUGAUUCCAAAGGCAAUAGAUAAGAUCUGUGCUUUUCAGAACUGGAGACCUAUAACCCUAGAAACAGGGUCCUCACUCAGACCUGCUGAGUCAGGUGUGUGCUUGGACCCCAACCAGCAGCUGGCCGGAAAAAUAAAACCUCUUGCAUUUUGCAUCAAGAACCGACUCUUGUGGUUGAUUGGGGGUCGGUAUCCUCUGGACAGAAAGCACGCCAAGCCAGGCGGUCAGCGCCCUUUCAUUUGGGGGCUCGUCCAGGAUAUCGUGGCUACCCAUCAUCUGCAAUGUCGGCCUUGGAGGUUCCGCAGCUGUUCGGCCUAUUGUAAAAUAGCCGAACUGUGGUCAGUAGACGUGCCCAGAGAACCACAGGCUGCAGCCCUGGAGGACGCCCUAAGGGCAGAGGAGGAUCAUGGAAGCCUGAUCGUCUCCUACGAUAAGGGUGCAGAUCAGGUACAUAUUUUGGCCUGGAGUCCCCAUGGCCUGCGCCCGUCUGAAUCUGUCCAAAGAUUGUGGAAAACAAAAAUCGGUAAGUUACUUUCUGUUUGUCUUGUCCUGUUCUUUGUUCUGUUGUCUGUACUCUUAACCUAUUCGUUGACGAUGGGGCAGACUGUGGUGACUCCUUUAAAUUUGACUCUCGAACACUGGACUGAAGUGAAGGGAAGAGGUUGAGACCUGUCUGUAGAAAUUCAAAAGGGACUCUGGCAGACAUUUUGUGCCUUUGAGAGUCCCACCUUUGGUGUCAGGUGGCCACCCGAAGGCACGUUUGACCUUAACUCUAUCCUUUCCGUCAAAGACAUUGUAUUUCAGAAGGGACCAGGAAGUCAUCUGGACCAGCAACCGUACAUCAUCGUUUGGCAAGAUCUAAUCCAAAACCCACCUUUGUGGGUUUGACCAUGGUUGCCCAGGCCCCGUCCAAACCCCCCUCAAGUCCUGGUGGCCCAGUCCCCUAACCCUCCAGAGGGUACAGACAUCUCUGAACAUCCCAAGUGAAUCUAUCCAGAGACCCAAGACCUUCUUCUCCUAGACACCCCUCCCCCAUAUCCCCCGUCCCUUCCACUAGGUGAAGAAAGGUGCAGAGACCCCAGAGUGCCACCUAACAUUGGACCUGGUCCUUCCACCCCCUCUGAGGGUGACCUUCUAGGGCCUGCUCAGGGCACUAAGAGUCAACGUUGCACA